AUGGCGCCUGUUGAAGCAUCACAGGCGGAUGAUGCAGCGGCGGCACUCGUUGGCAAGGUGGCUGCCCCAGGCGACGUGGUGAUGCUGCUGCCUGACAGCGGGCGCGUGGCAAUUGGCUCUGGCGGCCUCCGCCCACUGGGCGGCGCGGUGGUGGCGUCAAAGUGCGGCGUGGUGCGGCGCAGCACAGGCGGCAUGUUGUGGGUGGAGGGGCGACAGAAGCGCUACAUACCUGCAGAGGGGGACACCGUCAUUGGCGUGGUCGUCGACCGCCUGAGCGAGCACUUGACGGUGGACAUCGGCGGCCCCUUCAAGGCAGUGCUGCCGAUGCUCUCCUUUGAGGGGGCCACCAAGCGCAACCGCCCCGCUGUAUACGAAGGGGACGUGGUGUCGGCGCGCGUCGUCACCUCAAACCCGGACAUGGACCCGGUGCUGUCCUGCGUGGACGCGCAGGGCAAGGCGUCGGGGCUGGGCCACCUGAAGGGCGGCCUGACGCUCGAGUGCUCCUGCGCGUGGGCGCGCGCUCUGCUGUCGCGGCCGAUGCCGGCGGUGGUCGCGGCGCUGGGCAAGGAGGCGGCGUUCGAGAUGGCGGCGGGGCUCAACGGCCGCGUGUGGGUGGACGCGCCGAGCGCGGGGCUGGCGGUGCGGGUGGCGGCGGCGCUGGCGCGGGCGGAGGAGGAGCUUGGGCCGGGGGAUGACGCGGCGGCGUUUGUGCGGCGCGCCCUUGCUGGGGAGCUGUCGGCAGCGGGCGGGGGCGCGGGCUGA